UGCCUGGGCAACUUAUUAUCGCAUUCAUUGUACGAAACAUUGUUGUCGUUGUAGAUUUUAUUUUACUAUAGUAACACGCCGAGCUUCUCUUUUUGUAACAACUUUUCAGCAUCGAUACAGGUUUUUAUCGCCAGCUGGCGAAGUCAGUUGAGAUUUAAGUUCAGGCCUGGUUUGAAAUGAGGGUAAACGCUCGAUAUAUUGGGAUUGCUGCAAUGGUAGCAGUGUUCCUACUUGUGGUCAGAGAAUGGCAUACCCGAUACAAGGCCAACUCCCAGUUUAAGAUAAGAGCUCCAAGUCCUCAAUUUGUGGAACCAAACACAACUUGCGUCUCAUUUGAUGUUGCAUUGGGAAAUACGUUGCAAAGCGUUGCCAGGAACAUUCUGGAUGUACAAAAUGACUUUGAUGCAACAGGACUUAACUCUUACUUAUUAGGUUUUCAAUUUAAUCAAGUAAAUGAUGUAUUAAAGUUGAUUGGUCAGAAUGUGAUCAGUAGGCCCAGUCCACCAGCACAAAAGCCAGUUACUAAUACAAAAAGGCAAGAGGUUUGCCCUGAAAAGUUUGCUGGAAAAGAUUUGGGUUAUGGUAAACCAUAUUAUCGUUUAGGCUAUGCUCGUGUCAAAUGUGACACCUUUGUCCCUAUAAAUGAACUUUUAACCCUACUAAUGUACGUCCCUCAUGAACAUCCUAAACCUGCUAUGAGUUACCUUAGCAUGAUGACAACAAUCUCCAAUGACUACCCUCAAGUGCAAGUUAUUUUAGCAACUGAGAAAGAGUUGAAUAAGGAGACCAUAGAAAAAAUAUCCAGUCUGAAAAUAAAGUUCAAAAAUGAAAUGAUCAAAGGAAAUAAAGGAAGCUUUUGGGCAAAAUUACUUGAGCAAGUGUCAACACCAUAUGUAUUAAUAGCACCUUAUCUAACCCACUUUGAUGAUGAUAUUGAUUUGUAUCGAUUGGUGCGAGUUUUAAGCUAUCGUGAUGAUGUAUCGGUGGCAGGAGGAAGUUAUCGGAAUUUAACUGGACACUGGGACCUUGGUUGUCGACAGUUAUCCUUCAACUACUGGACGGCUAAGUACACUGCUGGAUAUUAUAGGUCCUUUAAUGAAUGUGUGGUAUGCGAUUAUCUCCCAGGACCAUUUGCAGCUAAAACAGAAUGGUUGCGAUCACUCAAGAUUGAUGCCAGUCUUUCAGAAGGACUGUUUCAAGACCUCUUUUGGAGAUUUAAAAAGCAACAGAACCUUGCUGUUGUUUGUGCCGAUGUAAUGUUCAAUAUGGAUACACAAUCCGUGCCCAAUGAAGCAUUGGUAGGCUUGGCUAACAAGCAUAACAUCAAGAAGAUUAUUACCAGCGAUGGCACCGUGAAAUGGUUUGGUUGUAGACGUGGUCUGAACUAUACCAACAAGAUUGGGUGUUCAUGGAGGAAUGGUAUUGGUGUACCACCAUGUGAUCUAUGGAAUUUAGGUGACGUGGUAAAAUUUAUAAUGCAAGCUUGUGAUGAUGUAAAAAUAGGAUGUGAAUAUACUGCUGGGGAUAUCGUAGGUGCCGUGCACUUUGGUUCUACGUAUGCUUGGAGCAAUAAUGCCGUCAUUUAUUUCCAAACCAAGGACUUCGAAACCUUCGACAAACUUCGCCCAAAGUUCGAGAACGCUGGUUUUGCAUUCCAGUCGAGUAAAUCUGGAACAAUGGGUUUUACAAUAUCAACUAAAAACUGGCAAAUUAAUAUGUAUGCUCGUGAAUCACUCGAAGUCGGUCAAAUGUUACAGCAGAAUCAACUACCAACUAGAGUUCGCAUAAGUGAGGCCUGGGUGACAGUUCCGCGUAACCCUGGGAGGUUGGCACGAGGACAAUUUCUCGCUCAGUAUUUCAGUAGUUCAGAGUAUCAUGGGAAGAAGUCGUACUAUCCACCCAACGCUCCUGCAAGAUGCCCAGACCCAGAACAUUCAGCAUGUUUGGAUCAAUAUCCGAUUGGUGGCAAUGUACAAUUUUUAGACAACGUACCAUAACUGCAAUAUUGCCUAGUAUUUAAUAUUUGUUUUUUGUUUACUGUUACAGUCGCGGCAAUAGAAGCGUUCCGAAAAAUAUCGAGCAAUUCAUUUGCUCAAAUUUAUUAGUUUGGCUUACGGAGUUCAUCAAAUACUUGAAAAACUCCUUGAAAAACUCCUAACCUCCGCUUUCGAAUCGACCAAUGUCUAAUCCUAUUGGAUAAUAAAAUAAAGAGACGCAUAUUAUUGGUCAAUUCCAAACCGGAAGUUAGGGGUUUUUAAAAUAUAUGAUAAACUCCGUAAACCAACUGAUAAAAUGGAGCAAAUGAGUUGCUUGAUAUUUUACGCUUCUAUUGCCUGGACUGUUAUAAUUAUUAGGAUUAUAAUGUUAAAAUUGAAUCUUCGUUUUUCUUAGGCAAAAGAUUAAUUCAUCGGAGCAAAAUUCAUCAUUUAUCUGUUCAUCUGUGAUAAGGUCCCAGAACUACCCCAUUUUCGUUGUUAUUUCUUCUGAAUUUCUAAUACGUAAAUCAUUAAUAGUCCUGCAUACAGUGUAUAAGUAUGUGUUUCGCCAGUUUCGGAUUAGUAGCGAGAGCUGGGAUAUAAUAGUGCUUUAGGUCGUUGAUUUUCGCUCCUGCAUGGAAACCCUUUACCAGUGUUUUAGUGUUAGUGGCUUUAGUAAUUGAGUGCUGGCAAAUACCUUUGAGAAUCUUCCAUUAUCAUCGUAGACCCAUGCUCCUUCCGCGCCACAAAAAUUACAUUCACGACCCAACGUUUCGACACCCCGGUCUAGUGUUUUCACUCUCAACAUAACGUCAUCUAUCAAUCAGGGCCGGUUGUAUCAAGCCCGUUUAGCUUAAACGGUGGAUAAGUCAAAAUUAAAAUAACACCCUUACAUCCCUCUUGAAUGAGUUAACUUGAAUAUUAUGCACUGAAUAUGUAGUUGUAAACAGUAAUCGUUGUAUUAAGGUUGAAAAC